AGCUGCGCUAGCUAUGCCUUGGCAGCUUUCAAGAUUUUGGCCACCGCCGAACAAGCCGAAACGACCGUCUCGCGACGUCGACAGUGCUCGUGUUGCCAGCGGAGACUUCCACUGCCUCCUGCAGCAACCAUUUGCCAGACAGCGUUCCAUGUUUGUGCGCUUGGAAUGGUCCAUGGAUGGACCAGCAGGUUUCGUUUGAGUGGAGUUGAACCUGGUAACCCUGGCAGUCCUGGCAGUUGAGCAGUGGAUCUGCUUUUGAGCGCUGCACGCCAUGCUGCCAAGAAACUCCGACGGCCCCGCUAGAGCACUCCGCCCGAAAAGGGGAAAGGAGGUCCAGGGCAUCUCCCGUCACCAGCUGGCCAAUUGCAAGGUGUGCCGUAGCCCCCCAAAUCGAGUCCGAAACCCAGUCGUGCCAGUGUCCCAGACAGAGCAGCCCAGAGAGACUUGCUUGUUCCUGAAUUGUCCGAAGGCCACACUCUCUUCUCGACACAUACUCAGCCCAUCUGGUCGCUUUCCCGUUGCAGCGUCCGUUUUAACGCAUGGGAACGGAACGUGCAGAUCCAUAGCACCCUCCUACCUUACCUACAAGGUUAGCACCGUACUCCGUGGCAGAGACGCUACUAGGCCUCGCCCAUUUCAGGCCUCGGGGGUCUCUGUCUGCCAAUCACCCUUGCAACCACCCAAAUAUCACCCGCACGCCCGCGCACUUUGCCUUCUAGGAGCCGACGAGAGUUCAUAGCCAAAAAGACGACCGCAGAACGGACAUUCCAAUCGCAGUGAAGAGGAUUUGGCUAAGGGGGUCGAUGCCUUCAACGGGAGC